GAUCCUUGGCUUCUGUCUACAAAUCAGUUCCAGGGUAAUCAUUAUCAGAACUCCCCCUAUGUGGCGAACGGAUACUUUGGUCAGCGGUUGCCAGCCGAAGGGGUCGGCUACUGGAUAUAUCGAAAUGAGUCUACGGGCGAUUAUCUUCUCAACUCGUGGCCUCUGGAUCAGCCAAGGGCCACAUUUGGAACUAUUUCUGGAUUUUGGGACGUUCAGCAGAAUAUCACGCACGCCAUUGUGCCGGAUAACUUGAAACGUGGAGGUGAAUCUGUGAUCAGUGGGAUUCCGGAAUGGACAGGGCUUACAGUCACCACGGAAAGUGGCGACACAUACAAGGCCGGCGUCGACGCUUCGACUGUUACGAAUUUCCACCAGUCGUUGUCAGUACGAGAUGGAAUCGUCCAAACCAAUGUAACAUGGAGGCCCCCCAGCGAAAACAUCACAUAUCAACUCAACUACACGGUCCUUGCCCACCGUGCCAGGCUCAACUUGGGCAUCGUUCGUCUAGAUCUCUCCGCCGACCAGGAUACGAGGCUCAAAAUCACCGACAUCUUGGAUGGAGCAGGAGCCGUACGGGCCGAUUUCCACGAAAAGUGGCUGGAGCCAGAAUCGACAAUCUGCACGAGCGUCAAGCCGUCUGGGAUCGACUAUCUCACUGCAUAUGUGGUCUCCACGGUCAAGUUUGAGACUACCAGCAAGACUGGUCCGGAUGACUUGAGGCGGGCUUGCGAGACUAGGAGGAAUGGCAGGGGUCAUCCCUGGGUCUCCACCAACAGUAGCACCAUCUCGCAAGUCUGGGAUUGGGGCCUGAGGCGGGGAGACGCCCUCACCAUUUACAAGUUUGUGGGCAUUGCAUCCAAUAGCUCACUGGAGGCUGCGAGAGAUGCGUCGAUCCUAGCAGGAUCGACGGCAUGGGACGACCUCAUAUCCGAGCAUAGACAGAAAUGGGAUGCCAUUUGGGAUGAAGCCGAGAUUGUGAUUCCAGGGGACCAAGACCUGCAACGACGCGCACGCGCCUCGCUGUUCCACAUUCUCACCAAUCUACUUCCAGAGGACGCAGGACUUAAUAACUCGAUAUCAGUCAGUGGCUUGUCGAGCGAUUCCUACGCAGGAUUGAUAUUCUGGGACGCGGACCUGUGGAUAUAUCCUUCUAUUCUGGCUUUGUACCCGCAGUUUGCCGCGGGUAUCAACAAUUACCGACAACGACUUUCAGACCAGGCCGUCAAGAAUGCGCAGUACUACAACUUCUCUGGGGCUCUUUACCCAUGGACAAGCGGCCGAUUUGGCAACUGUACGGGAACUGGGGUGUGCAAAGGCUAUCAGUACCACAUCAACAGCGAUAUUGCUCUGGCCCAUUGGCAGUACUACCAACAAACAAACGACUUGGGAUGGCUUGCGGAGAAAGGAUGGCCCGUAAUCAAGAGGGCAGCCGAUAUGUUUGCCGCGUAUGUGAUCCGCAAUGCUUCAACUGGGAAGUACGAGACUAUCCAGCUGGGGGAACCGGACGAAUUUGCCUACAAUAUCAACAACGGCGCCUUCACCAACGCCGGGAUCAAGCAGCUGCUUGGCAAUUGGGCCCCUUCAGCCGCCGAGCGAUUGCAUAUCGAAGUCCCGAAGAACUGGUCUCAUAUCGCACAGAACAUGUACAUCCCCUAUAACGAGAAAGAAAAGGUCAUCCUCGAAUUUGACGGCAUGGAUGGAACGUGGAUGACCAAGCAGGCGAGCACCGGCUUGAUUCAAUACCCGCUGCAGUUUCAUUUUAGUGAGGAACAGGCGCGCAAAGACGUCGAAUAUUAUUCUUCCGUCAACACAGCAGAUGGCCCUGCGAUGACCUGGUCGAUAUACGCAAUCUCCGAAGCCCAGUUACAACAAAAGGGCUGUGCGGCUUAUACUUAUCUUCAACGUUCCUCAGAGCCGUACAUACGCAAACCAUUUUAUCAAUUUAGCGAGGCGCAGCUGGACAGUCAGCCACCAGGAGUUGAAAACCCGGCAUUCAUCUUUGGACUCAAUCCAGCAUUUCCGUUUCUCACGGGCGCGGGGGGGUUCUUGCAAGUUUUGACUCACGGACUUACUGGAAUGCGCCCGAAUUCAGAGGCGUUUUAUCUCGAUCCAAUGUUGCCGCCGCAGCUGUCUGGCGGAAUCGAAGUCAAAGGGAUGAAAUGGCAAAAAGCGAGUUUCGAUGUGCUCAUUGGAAUGGGCAACACUACAAUCACCCGACGACGAACGUGUUCAAGAGAGAAGAAACAUGUGACCCUGGAGAUACUGGGUGGAAAUGCAGGAACAAAGGAAUAUCGGCUCGGCGAAGGCGAGUCUAUUGUGGUUCCCACAAGGCGACCAGAUAUUAGUUUCAGUUCGCAAGACUUGGCUCUAUGCCGGUCAGUUGUGUCCGACUCUGAGUGGGUAGCAGGCAAGUAUCCCUUCGCCGUUGUUGAUGGGUCUAAAUCGACAGCGUGGCAACCUGCCACCCCCCAUGAGGCUUCCGUCAUCGUCGACAUUGGGGAGUUGCAAGAAGUCUCGAAGGUGUUGCUAUUUUGGGGCGGUGUUCCGCCUUCAGAAUUUCGCCUGUCUGGACGCAGAGAAGCGAAUAGCGACUUUGAGAAGCUGACUCCGGUAAAAUUGGUGGGGAUAUCAGCACCUUACGAUGCUCACAAUGCCCGAAUUGUACAAGUUAAAGAGGGAAACGUAACGGCCGUUGAGUUCCGCAAUUCUGUGCAGCUUCGCUUCUUGCGACUCACAAUUGCUGGAUCCUAUGCCACGGACGGGUUAGGAGCAACUGUGGCCGAAAUCCAAGUGAUAAACGAAGGUCGAGGG